UCUCUCUCUCUCUCUCUCUUGCUGGUUUGUUAGCGUAAUAUUUCUUCAAGCACCAAAUUUUGCAUCGAUUUCUUGGGAGAGAGCUCAUAGCGCUAUUCCUCUCCUUUUCUUUGUUUUUUUUCUCUCUAACAGCGACGAUCGAUUUCAAAAAUUGAAAAUCUUUGCCGUUCGGAUCUGCGCUUUGAAUUUUGAUUCGAUCAGGGCUGCUUCAUUCUGAACGCAAGCAACCAUGAAGAAGGCCAUCGGUCAAACUGUUAGAGACCUCAAGAGAGAGGUUAAUAAGAAGGUGCUUAAAGUUCCUGGAAUAGAACAGAAGGUUCUUGAUGCUACUAGCAAUGAGCCCUGGGGUCCUCAUGGAUCACUUCUUGCAGAUAUUGCAAUGGCUACAAGAAACUAUCAUGAAUACCAGAUGAUCAUGGCAGUAAUCUGGAAACGUGUAAAUGACACUGGAAAGAAUUGGCGACAUGUCUACAAGGCUCUGACUGUUCUGGAGUAUCUUGUUGCCCAUGGAUCGGAGCGUGUCAUAGAUGACAUAAGAGAACAUGCGUAUCAAAUAUCGACUUUGUCUGAUUUUCAAUAUAUUGAUUCCAGUGGAAGGGACCAGGGUAACAAUGUCCGAAAAAAAUCUCAGAGCCUAGUGAUCUUAGUAAAUGAUAAAGAAAGAAUAAUUGAAGUAAGACAAAAGGCUGCAGCUAACAGGGACAAGUUUCGAAACACAUCAACAGGUGGAAUGUAUAGGCCAGGUUCAGGGGGAUACGGUGACAGAUAUGAUUAUGAUCGUUAUGGAAGGGAAGAUGAUCAAAAUGGUCAUGGAAGAGACAGGGAAUAUGGCUAUAGAGAUGAUGAUCGGUAUGGCAGAUAUGGGGAUUCAAACAGUCGUGAUGGAGAUCGUUAUGGCAGGGACUAUGAAGACCGCUAUAGCAGAGAUGGUUAUAGGGAUGAUGACUACAGAGGUAGAAGUAGAAGCGUUGAUGAUUAUCAGUAUGGCACAAGAAGCAGGAGCUCUGAUAGAGACCGUGCUGUUGAUGACGAUGGUGCAUCAUCUCGGGGCAGCGGUGCUAGAGGUGAUGAACAUUCUCAGGAUGAAAGGCGGCUUGAGCGGAAGUUUUCUGAACAAAAUAUUGGUGCUCCUCCUAGUUAUGAAGAAGCAGUUAGUGAAUCUCGGAGUCCUGUCCAUAGUGAAAGGGAUGGAGAAACUUCAGUAGCAGCUGCUCCUAGAGCUUCAUCUCCUCCUGCUAGCAACAAUCCUAACCAAGCAGCCUCUGAUUUUGGUAAUUCAAUGUCUCCUCCAAAUCAAGUGGUGGAGGCUUUUGAUGAAUUUGAUCCACGUGGGUCAGUGUCAGCUGCCCCUACAACUGCUCCUGCUGCUACAGCCACUCCUGCUACUGCUGUUCCCACUGCUACGAUGAGUGCUGAAAUAGACUUACUUGGCGUGCUUUCAGAUUCAUUGGCCAUUGUGCCAACCACACCUGCCACCCCUUCUGGUGAGGCAGAUGCCCUUGAAAACUCUGGUGCUAUACCCACCUUUGCUGCUAAUCAGGGCUUUGAUGAUCCAUUUGGUGAUGGUCCUUUUAAAGCUUUACCUUCAACUGAUGCUUCCCCAGCUCAGCAACAAACUUCAACUUCCAUGCCUACUUUCCAGCCUACCAUGAACCAAAAUGUAGAAAUUCCUCAGCCACCUUCUGUGAAUCCUGAGACAGUUGCAGACUUCAACUGGGAUUCAUUUUCUGCCAAUGCUUACUCUCCACCCACUGUCUCCAGUGUUCAAUCUCCAGUAAACUCGUUUUUGCCUCAAGAACAGUCAACUCCAACGGAAAGUGAUAUAUUGGCAGAUAUCCUUCCACCGUCUGAACAUACGGAUGGCGUAGCGUCACAGGCAGACUUUUCAGCACCAACUAGUCAUUCAGUGCCACCAGUUGCUACAUAUGGCCAAUCAACACAGCCAGGGUUGGCUAAUAUCUACAGCCAACCUGGACAGCCAAGUGCUAAUCCUUAUGGUCAACCUGGACAGCCAAGUGCUAAUCCCUAUGGCCAAUCUGUGCAGCCAAGCGCCAAUCCAUAUGGCCAAUCUGCACAGCCAAAUGCUAGUCUGUAUGGCCAAUCUGCACAGCCAAAUGCUAAUCCAUAUGGCCAACCUGCACAACCAAGUGCUAAUACCUAUGGCCAACCUGUACAACCCAGUGCUAAUCCUUAUGGCCAACCCACACAACCAAGUUCAAAUAAUACAUAUGGUGAUUUUAACCAACAGACAGUGUCUACCCCUCAAAGUCCAGGAUCUGCUGCACUGAGCAGGAAUGGGAGCUUCAUCUCUCAGACAGGUUCUAACAUUCCUGUCAGUUCACACAUGGCUGCCCAACCUCAAAACCCUGCUGGACCCGCUGCACAGUUUAACACUGGAAAUUUCCUUUCACAGCAGGGUUCAGUCGUGCCAGUUACUUCACAGAUAGCUCAACAAGCCACAAAUGCACCAGUUGCACAAAAUAACAAUGAUGUCCUAGGUGGCUUAUUCUCACAACCAGGAUUAAACACUUCAGUGGUACCACAGACGGGUAGUCCCUCUUCAACAGGAGCACUUGCUAUAGUUCCGCAACCAUCAAAGGACAAAUUUGAGCCUAAGUCAGCAGUUUGGGCUGAUACAUUGAGUAGAGGACUGGUCAAUUUGAAUAUAUCUGGACCUAAAAUAAACCCAUUGGCUGAUAUUGGAAUUGACUUUGAUGCUAUCAAUCGGAAGGAAAAGAGGAUGGAAAAGCCUGCUCCGACUGCAGUGACGUCUACUGUCACCAUGGGUAAAGCUAUGGGAUCUGGGUCUGGGAUUGGUCGUGCUGGUGCUGGCGCUCUCAGACUCCCACCAAAUCCUAUGAUGGGUUCUGGCAUGGGUAUGGGUAUGGGUAUGGGUAUGGGAUGGGGUGGGGGUGGGGAUGGGGAUGGGAUGGGAAUGGGAAUGAGCGGUGGUCCUGUUGGUGGCAUGAGCGUGGGUUAUGGUGGUAUGAAUCAACAACCUAUGGGCAUGGGAAUGGGGAUGAACAACAUGGGCAUGAAUCCAGGCAUGGGGAUGAAUAUGGAUGGGCAAGGAGUCCAAAUGCAACCCCAAACUGGAAUGCCUGGCAGUUAUAACCCUAUGAUGGGUUCAGGGGGCUAUUCUCAACAGCCAUAUGGUGGUGGUUACCGAUGAGAUUUGAGUUGCCUCCCCAUAAAAAUGAGGGAAGUUAUUGUAUGCUUCUCAUAUACAGAGUAAAAGAGAUUGGAAUAGCAAACCCGGUGUCCUCGUCGAAUCCCUGAGUCAAAGAUGUAAUUUUGUAGUCACAAUUCUCUUGGCAGUGGCCUGACGCCACCCCAUGUUUAUUCAUUUCUAUUAUUUCUCAUUCUUGCUUAAGCUAUUGCACACAUUUGGCGCCUCGGGAGUCUUUUGGUUCAUUGCUGGUUUGAGCUGUUGUGAAAUUGUGUAGCAGUGAGGACGACCUUUCUCAGGUUGCCAUUUUCUCAUUCGUCCAUAUAAUAUAUACAUAUUUUUUCCAUCUGUUUUGAGUA